AUCCUUAAAAAUAUUAAAUUUUCCCGUUGUUAACCUUCUUUGUGAAUGGGAAAUGAUAUUUCGAUAACUGUAGCUUUACAAUUUUUGUGAAGGGGUCUUCGGCGCGCAAAUUCAUCCAAGUUGAUAAACUUGAAUGUUGCUACUAAACGGUCUUCAUUAAUUCGUGUUGUUUUGAAAUCACUUUGUUUUUAAUAUUUUUUAAAAUGAGUCAUACAAAGAAUGCUUAGUUGCACUUUCAUCAAUCGACGGGUCAAACUGUUGAAUCGUUAGCUGAAUCGGUAUUUUAUCACAAUGUAAACAUAAUUAUGUAUAAAUAUUUUUAAGUCGAUUUUACGAAGUCGUAGUAGCAUUACGAAGUGAAACAAAAGCAUUAAAUAAAAGCACGUACAUAUACACAUGUGUAGAAAAAAGAGCUGUUAUGUUUAUCUUGUAAACUUAUCGGUUUCAAUGUCGAAAUGUGACGACACAUUGUUUAAUAUUAACACAAAGCGUGGAUUAUCCAAAGGCGAAACCGAGGCAGUGAUUCGCAUUUGAAAUGAGCUUAUCGAAUUUUAAAAUAUCGUUUCUCUUAUUCUGGCUUCGAGUAUUGACGCCAGAAGAGUAGAAGAGCUAGUCUAAAAAUAUAAAAAAUCGUUGCUGGAGGUCAGAAGUUCAUAUUUAAUGAUAAAGAAUUUGAAUGCAUAUGCACUUGAGCAAUUAUCGCAUAAUUAUGUUUGCAUCUGUAUGAUUCAAGCAGUAUUAAAACGCAAAUCAAAUUUCUCUUUAAAAUGCAGAUUUUAUAUCUACUAUUUAUUCGAUAUUAAAUCCAAUUUAAAUUUCAUGGUUCAGUGGAAUUCCUGAAGAUAAUGUGAUUGCACUUUGUAAAGAAUUAGUUUUAAAUAUGCCACACUAAGUGUGAGUAUGAGUUUUCAAUCCGAAUUUAAAGCAGUUAAAAAUCUUGAUUUUUUAUAUUUCAACUAAGACUACUGUCAGCCGUAAAGUGGAAUCAAUAUGGAAAAACUUGAGCUAUUGAUUGUUUCAGUAUUAGCUACAUGGGUUUUGAUUAGUGGUGUCGAAGCGUACAGAGUGGGCGUUGGACGUGCAGAUGUGACUGGACCACCUGUGGAAAUACAUUUUAUGGGCUAUGCAAAUUUAAAGCAGGUUGGUCGCGGACUUCAUCUGAGGCAGUUUGCGCGUUCUUUCGUUGUAGAAGAUGACAACCAGCGACGUGUUGUAUUUUGCACUGUAGAUGCUGGCAUGAUGGGAUAUGCUGUGAAACGAGAAGUUAUCAAACGUCUCCAGCAACGAUAUGGACCUAUUUAUAAUGAUGAAAAUGUGGUUAUAAGUGGAACCCAUACGCACAGUGGUGUUGGUGGAUUUCUUAUGCAUCUACUUUAUGACAUAUCAAUUUUGGGUUUUGUUCCUCAAACAUUUGAAGCGCUUGCCCAGGGUAUUUACUUGAGUAUAAAACGUGCUAAUGAUAAUUUAACACCUGGUAAAAUAUUUUUAUCUAAGACAUCAGUUCUAAACGUGAAUAUAAAUCGUUCACCUACUUCAUAUUUACGAAAUCCUGAAGAGGAACGCGCUCAGUACGAGCAUGAUGUUGAUAAAACAUUAACACAACUGCGUUUUGUUGAUUUGGAAAACAAUCUACUUGGUGCCUUUAAUUGGUAUGCAGUGCAUCCGGUUUCUAUGAAUAAUACAAAUAAAUUGGUGUCAAGUGAUAAUGUAGGAUAUGCUGAACUUUUAUUGGAAAAAGAAUAUAACACAAAUAAAGUACCUGGAAAGGGUAAAUUUGUAGGAGCGUUCUGCUCUUCAAAUCUUGGAGAUGUUUCGCCAAAUAUAAUGGGACCCAAGUGUUCAAUAAGUGGAAACGAUUGUGAUCUUUUAAGUUCCAAGUGCCCUGCUAAAGAAGGCGAAUGUUUUGCAUCUGGUCCAGGACAUGAUAUGUUUGAAAGCACUAAAAUAAUAGGAACGCGGCUAGCUGAGGCUGCUUUGCGUCUACUAAACGAAAAUAGCGAAGAAAGCAAUUAUCGAGAAAUUACUGGCGAAGUCGCCUAUAUACAUCAAUUUGUGGAUAUGCCUAAUUAUAAUGGUUCAUCAUAUAAUCCUCUUUCGCGUAAGUUAGAUAUAAUAAGAGGAUGUCACCCUGCUAUGGGGUACAGUUUUGCUGCUGGUACUACAGAUGGCCCCGGUGCGUUCAAUUUUGAGCAAGGAACUAUAACAGAUAAUGCAAUGUGGAAUGCUGUAAGAGAUUUUAUUGUACCGCCUACACAGGAAGAUAUUAGUUGUCAUGCUCCAAAACCAAUUUUAUUAGCCACUGGCAGAGCUACAUUUCCCUAUGAAUGGCAACCAAAAAUUAUUCCCACUCAGAUACUUAAAAUUGGAGAUUUAAUAAUUGCAGCUGUUCCAGGUGAAUUUACAACAAUGGCUGGUAGACGUCUUCGAAAUAAAUUAGCUGCUGUUGCUGUUGCUGCGGGUGGGAGGGAUACUGAAGUAAUACUCGCUGGGUUAUCAAAUAUAUAUACUAGUUAUGUAACUACACCCGAAGAAUAUCAGGCACAGCGCUAUGAAGCAGCUUCAACGAUUUUUGGACCUAAUACACAUAGCAUUUAUAUGGAUGUGUAUGAAGGUUUAACUAAAGCAAUGAUACGAGGGGAAAAGGUUAAUCCCGGUCCAUCACCACCAUAUAUGAAUGAUCGCAUGCUUUCAAUGAAUACUGGAGUUAUAUUUGAUGGGCAUCCAAUUGGCAAGGAUUUUGGAUACGUUAAAUUACAGCCGAAUAACGAGUACAAAAUCAAUGACACGGUAAAAGUAACUUUUAUUGCUGGAAAUCCAAGAAAUAAUAUUUUUCACGAGAAAACUUAUUUUGUGAUUGAAAGAAAAAUAAAUGAAGAACGUUGGAAAGUAGCCUAUACAGAUGCCAGCUGGGAAACAAAGUUUAUUUGGGAGCGCACACAUCUAAUACUUGGUUUCAGCGAUGUUCAUAUACAUUGGACGAUUAAUACUAAUACUCUACCCGGCGAAUACCGCGUAAGACACUUUGGAAAUUACAAAUACAUAUUAGGGGGUAUUUUUCCAUACGAAGGCAUAAGUCAAUCGUUUAUAGUGAAGGAAGACUAGAAAAUCAUGUCUGUGAGCUAGUCGACCAGUAAGAGACUGCGUGCAUCAGGGUGUCUAAACAAUUCGAUUGAUUUAUUAUAUUGUAUGAUCUUAUGUUCAUAUGAAAAACUUUCAUUGUUUAGAAAUAACUAAAUAAACAUAUUUAUUUUGAA